CAGGAGUCGGCGGAUGCGAGGGCUGGCGCAGCUGCCGCUGUGGCAGCGGUGAGGCGGCGGUGGCGGCUGCUGAGGCUCCGCUGUGGGGAUAUUGGCGGCAGCAGCUGCGGGCUGAGCUGCGCUGUGCAGACCCGGUGCACGGUGCGGGAUCCGGGACGGCGCGUCCCCUAGAAGAUGCCUCUGAUGGAACAGGCCCUGGGAAACUUCUCUGGCCCCGUGGCUUUGAACAGGAGCUCAAGCCGGAGGCCAUUUAAAGCCCUGGCUGUUGUAUCCUGAGGACCGCAGGUCAGGAGAAGAUGUCUGUAAUUUUAGACGACGACGUGCUGCUCAUCCUGACCUUGGACGAGGAGCUGAGUGCGCCGCUGACUCCUUCCAACGGCCUGGGCCAAGAAGACCUGCCCAGCAAAAAUGGGGGCGGCCAAAGCGGCCCCAACUCCCAGGUUCCCAGUCUGGUCUCUGGAGCCGACAGUCCCCCCUCCAGUCCCCCCGGACACAACUGGGAGAUGAAUUAUCAAGAGGCAGCAAUCUACCUCCAGGAAGGCCAGAACAAUGACAAGUUCUUCACCCACCCCAAGGAUGCCAGAGCGCUGGCUGCCUACCUCUUCGUACACAACCACUUCUUUUAUAUGAUGGAGCUGCUCACAGCCCUGCUUCUGCUGCUGCUGUCGCUGUGCGAGUCACCCGCUGUCCCUGCGCUCAAGCUCCGAACUUACGUCCACGCCACCCUGGAGCUGUUCGCCCUCAUGGUAGUGGUAUUUGAACUCUGCAUGAAAUUGCGAUGGCUGGGCUUCCACACAUUCGUCAGGCACAAACGCACCAUGGUCAAGACGUCUGUUUUGGUGGUGCAGUUCAUCGAGGCCAUUGUGGUGCUGGUGCGGCAGACGUCCCACGUGCGGGUGACCCGGGCACUACGCUGCAUUUUCCUGGUGGACUGUCGGUACUGUGGUGGCGUGCGGCGCAACCUGCGGCAGAUCUUCCAGUCGCUGCCGCCUUUCAUGGACAUCCUCCUGCUGCUGCUCUUCUUCAUGAUCAUCUUCGCCAUCCUCGGUUUCUACUUAUUCUCUACGAACCCUUCCGACCCUUACUUCAACACCCUGGAGAACAGCAUCGUCAACCUGUUUGUUCUCCUGACCACAGCCAACUUUCCAGACGUCAUGAUGCCCUCCUACUCCCGGAACCCCUGGUCCUGUGUCUUCUUUAUCGUGUACCUCUCCAUUGAGCUGUACUUCAUCAUGAACCUGCUCCUGGCCGUGGUGUUCGACACCUUCAACGACAUCGAAAAGCACAAGUUCAAGUCCUUGCUGCUGCAUAAGCGAACGGCCAUCCAGCACGCGUACCACCUGCUCGUCAGCCAACGGGUAGGGCAGUGGGGGCAGGGUCACAGAGAGGGACUUCAUUCUCUCUCCCUACCAAAAGCGUCCCCUUUGGCUCGGCAGAGCCUGUGGCUGCCGUACUGCCCGUGGGAGAAACGCAGGUGCCAUCUGUGUCCUCGUGUACCUGUGUUCUACCACACCGCCUUCCCUCUCCCGCAGAGGCCAGCUGGCAUCUCCUACAGGCAGUUCGAAGGCUUGAUGCGCUUCUACAAGCCCCGGAUGAGCGCUAGGGAGCGCUUCCUGACUUUCAAGGCCCUGAAUCAGAGCAACACACCUCUGCUUAGCCUGAAGGACUUCUAUGAUAUUUAUGAAGUUGCUGCUCUGCAGUGGAAGGCAAAGAAGAACAGACAGCACUGGUUUGACGAGCUUCCCCGGACAGCCUUCCUCAUCUUCAAAGGGAUUAACAUCCUUGUGAAUUCCAAGGCCUUCCAGUAUUUCAUGUACCUGGUGGUGGCCGUCAACGGUGUCUGGAUCCUGGUGGAGACAUUCAUGUUGAAAGGCGGGAAUUUCAUCUCAAAGCACGUGCCCUGGAGUUACCUCGUGUUUCUUACCAUCUAUGGAGUUGAGCUGUUCAUGAAGGUGGCUGGCUUGGGCCCUGUGGAGUACUUGUCCUCUGGAUGGAACCUGUUCGAUUUCUCAGUCACAGCAUUUGCCUUCCUGGGACUGCUCGCGCUGACGCUCAACAUGGAGCCCUUCUACUUUAUUGUGGUCCUGCGUCCCCUUCAGCUGCUGAGGUUAUUCAAGCUGAAGAAACGCUACCGCAAUGUGUUGGACACCAUGUUUGAGCUGCUGCCACGAAUGGCCAGCCUCGGCCUCACACUGCUCACCUUCUACUACUCCUUCGCCAUCGUGGGCAUGGAGUUCUUCAGCGGGCGACUGUCCCCAAACUGCUGCAACUCCAGCACGGUGGCUGACGCCUACCGAUUCAUCAAUCACACGGUGGGCAAUAAGACCAAGGUGGAGGAAGGCUACUACUAUCUCAAUAACUUUGACAACAUCCUCAACAGCUUUGUGACCUUGUUUGAGCUCACCGUUGUCAACAACUGGUACAUCAUCAUGGAAGGCGUCACCUCGCAGACCUCCCACUGGAGCCGCCUGUACUUCAUGACCUUUUACAUCGUGACCAUGGUGGUGAUGACCAUUAUCGUGGCCUUCAUCCUGGAGGCCUUCGUCUUCCGCAUGAACUACAGCCGCAAGAGCCAGGAAUCGGAAGUGGACAGUGGCAUCGUCAUCGAGAAGGAGAUGUCCAAGGAGGAGCUUCUGGCCAUCCUGGAGCUCCAUCGAGAGGCGCGAGGCACCUCCUCUGACGUCACCCGGCUGCUCGACACCCUCUCUCAGAUGGAGAAAUACCAGCAAAACUCCAUGGUGUUUCUGGGACGGCGAUCGAGAACCAAAAGUGACCUGAGCCUGAAGAUGUACCAGGAGGAGAUCCAGGAGUGGUACGAGGAGCAUGCCCGGGAACAGGAACAGCAGCAGCUCAGGGGCAGCGCGCCAAGCCCCGCAGCCCAGCAGACCCCCGGCAGUCGCCAGCGCUCCCAGACCGUCACCUAGCCGGGCUCCGUCAAGCCAGCCUCUUCUAUGCAAUAACACCAUAGUAUUAUGUACUACGAUGUAUGGAAACCAUGGGUGUAUGUAGACACACUCAUAUAUAUGCACAUAUUUACACAGAGACAGAAAAGGACUAGCCAGGGUCCGUCCGAAACCACCUCGCUCUGUCUUCCUGAGCUCCAGAAAUUGGUUUAGGCUGGAGGCUCAGACCUGGCUGAGCUCUUCCUACCAUGGAAAAUUCUGGAAGCCCUCCUGCUCAAGAAGGCUGCUUAAAUAGGCUGUCUCAUCUUAGCAAUGCCAGCAUUCCCUGGGGGACCUUGCUGUAGCCUCGGGCUUCGUCCCUGCAUUGUUGUCUACUUGUCCUCCAGCCAUCACAGGUGUCUGUGUCUGGUAUUAGGGACAAAACCACUAGGAAGAAACCCCACAUCCCGCUGAAUGGCGUCUGUAGAUGACAAAGUGCUAGAAGGUCCCGUUGAGGGAAUCAGUGCCUGGGACCCAGUGAGAAACCGGACAGAGGCCAGAGAUGGCUCAGAGAGAGCAGAGUGUACUCGCUCAGGCUUCUAGUCCCUUCUUGUUGCUGAAACCCUUCCACAGCCUCGUGGGGAAGCUCACCCAGCAGGAGAAAGCCAACUGAAGACCCUGGGAGUUUGACUCAUUCAGGAAGAGUUCAUUUGAACUGGUGCUGAAGGCAGGUCCCUCACCCCCACACCUCCACUCUUGCAGUAGACACUGUGUUUGGGGGAGGGAGCCACACACAGCACAGGGACACUAACUGCCCAUCAUAGCAGUCCCCGGCCGGCCACCACGCCACGGCUAGCUGCUUUUCAAGGACUGUGAGGCACAGUGAGUCCUGGCGUCCUCCAAGGUUCUCAUAAGCUAGGUGGGUAGGGGAGGAGGGUGAGGUGAGCACUCAGCUGCCUUGUACCGUGCCUUGUGGGGGUUCUUUUGAUGCCACGGUUGGGUAGUGAAGUGGCAGAGGCAGGCGUAGCAGGGGUGGGGCCCUGGUCACUUCAUCCUGCUGUGUUGUCCACAAGGGGUGGGAAGGAGGCAGGGCUGUCUGAAGUUGCCGGGCAGCCCUGUGAACCUGCCCUUCCGAACCUACUGCUGCCUGGGAAUUGGAGUGGGCAGGCAGGCACAGGUCCUCUCCCGUUCUCCCAGCUGCUGAACCAGGGGCCAAGCCAGAAAGUGGGUGUUUUUACUCUAAAGCACAGUCUGCCCCACUCCGCACCCCCAGGAAAACCACUGGUUUCCACAGAGAGUCAGGAGACUGGCAAAGUCCCUUCCACCUCAAAGAGCUCUUGGCCUCUACCUAAACUCAACCUAGACUCUAGGCCACAGCCCUGAGAAGCAACUUCAUGUAGCUGGCUGCCUUAGCUUGUGUAUGAGUGGCAUUUUGGAAGCAGAAAGCGGGGAGGCCUAUGAAGAGGGCCUAGGGCCUCUGAUUAACCCGCCUGGUUCUGGGCUACCCCAGGUACCCUUGGUCUAGGGGAGCAGGCUCAGGCAGAGGGACUGGUCUUGGGCCCUGAUAGAGGUACUAAAACCCCAGGUUCAGCACAUACCAGCCAGGUGCCUGAGGGGGUUAGGGCUGUCAGGCCAAACUGAGCUCAUCCUGUAGUCUGAGAAAACCUGUCCCCACAGAAGUCACCUUGAGCACACACCAAGCUGACCCUCAGAAUUGCUAGCCCAGCAGGGAACAGACUGGGUCACCCAGGGAUGUAAGCCCAGGCCCCUGGGAUCCCGUCUAAGCCAGCUUCCCCUUCCCUCAGUUCAGCUGAGUGGGAACUGGUACCUCCCUGUCAUAGCCUAGCAGGGGCAGCUAUGGAACCAGACUGGGGAUAGGCAUUCUUGUGGGAACUGUGCCCGACCCCUCCCCCUUGCUUCUCCUCCCCCACCCCAGCCUUACACCGUGCAGACAAUCAUUUUGUAUGUGUUAAGAGCCACGAUGGAAGGUUUUAUACAGUGAUUUGUUACCUAGGAACCCACUGUGCCCUGAUUUCUGUCGUGCCAAUAAAGAGCCCCUGCUUUAUAGA